AUGGCUGAUCCCUUCUCCACCGCCAGCGGCGCAAUCGGAGUAAUCUCCCUCGGCCUGCAAGUAACCCAACAACUAAUAACAUACUGCCAAGCCUACCGAAGCUACGACGAAGAUGCGCAAAGGAUGGAAUCCAAAGCCGAAAGUCUCCGUAGACCGCUUCGCGCCCUGCGCGAGAUCAUUGAGGAUGCGCAGGUAUUCAACCCAGAGCUUGCGGCUGAUCUUUCGGAGAAGACGUUGGGGUUGCAGAGGAUGGUUGAUAGGCUUAAGAUGGCGAUUGAUAGGUAUUUGCCUGCUAUCCCGGAGAAGUUUCCGGGGAGGAUUAAGGGGCAGUUGAAGAAGGUUGUUUAUCCUUUUCGGAAGGAUGGGCUUAGGGAGAUGUUUGAGGAUUUGGAUGGGAUUCAGAAUGCUUUGCACACUACGUUGAGCAUACAUUCGACGCUGAAGAUGAAUAAGUUGGGGUUGAUGCAGGAGGCUAUUCUUGAAGAAGUGCAGCAGAUUCGCGUUACCCUGCAAGAGUAUCCCGAGGGAAUGCCACCACCGGCCCUACUCAAAUCAUGGUGUGACAGUCAAUUUGGUUAUGCAAACAAGUCAGUGACGGAGACCCAGAUUACAACACGGACAUCAGGCUCAGAACUCGCUAUCACGACAUCCUCUGGAUUCUCUGACCUCGCAAUCUCACCUUAUAAGACAAAAUCCAACGAUAAAGAAGAAGCCACUGCAAAGUCAUUCAGAUACCUUAGCUCUCUACUUAGAGUUGCCGUUACUGCGUCUUUCUCACUGUCGAAAGGGGCCGGCGGAUUCUCCAUAGCACCCUCCUUAAGUGUACAGACCAUUCUGAAGUAUAACGGGAGCAUGCUUGAAUUACAAUUUCGUCGACAUUUGAACAUGGGAAAGAGGACGACUGCUGGGUUCAAUGAGGUAGUCGACAAUUGCAUUCGCCAUCUCCAACAUGAGUUUUCUGCUGGGAAGUCAAAGCCGUCGGAUAUUUUCUAUUUCGAUGACGGUCCGCGGGAGUAUAGCAUGACAUCUUAUGUGGAUGGGCUGGUAGUAUUUGCUACAGCAAAUACCCGGAAUCAGCUUCCAGGCUUGAUUAAGCUUACGAAAUUCCUCAUCGACAAUGGCGCCAGGCCAAACAAUACUUUCAGUCAAGGAGCCCUGAGGGGGUUGCUUCGCUUUGCAAGAUUUCAAGAAGAAGAGUACGCACUGGCUUCAUAUCUUGUUGAUCACGGGGGUCCCUGUACCCUGGACGAUGGAACUCUGAACCAUAUCGAGCGAUAUAAUGUAAAGUAUAUCCUCGCUAGAGACAAAGAGCUUAUCAUUGUCCCAGAAAUUGUAAAGAUCAUAUUCCAAGAAUCGGAGCAGAAAUUGCUUUCCGGCCUACAGUCUGGCCUCAUCCUUCCUAAUGACAAAUUUUGCGGACGUUCUUUACUCCAUAUAGCAUUUGGAUGGCCAGGAGGUAUGAAGAUCCUUUUGGAUGCCGGUGCGACUAUUGGUGGGGGAACCUUGAUAUCAUUCUGGGGUUGCCCCAGUUCCGUCACCGAGGAAAACAUAGAGUUUGAUGGGUUUUACUAUUCGAACAAGCUCCUCUUGGAAAGAGGUUGUGGAUUGAAGGUCACCGACUUGUAUAUUGCUGCAUCGCCAAAGUUACUAUCACUUUUUGGUAAUGAGCUUGCCAAGCGACGAUGGAGACUUUGGAAACUGGCCGAAUCGUGUCUUCCUGAAGAUGAAUUGCCCGUCCUCGAUGCACCCGAAACGGCAGUCUCUGACAUGAAUGCCGCCCGAAUUUGCGCGGCGCUAACUGCCCGUGACAAAAUUGUUGAUCCUCCGCUUAUGGUCAAGAGCUCCUAUGUCUCUGUCUAUCAUGAUAUGGAAUUUCGAUUUAGAGUGAUGGAGGAGUUGUUGAAAGUGGGAUUCAAGAACUUCGAUACCCCAAAUGAAUUUGGCGUAACACCCUUGAUGGAAGUUUAUAACUCACUCAACGACGGAUGGCAGGGCGUUGAGAGAAUGUUGUGGCUGCUCUCCAAGGGAGCAGAUAUCACUCGCGACUUACCUCUGUCAAACGCGAAGACUGCACAUCUAAUUACGGUUCAAAUCGUCGGUUUUCUUCUCGGUAUAUUGGGAUUUCGAGCGCCCGAAGAUAUUCCUACUUGGUGGGCACGCUGGGAAAAUAAAGUUUCCAGCCACAGAAAGGAACUCUUUCCUUAUCCUUCUAUCAUUGACGGCUGUCAAUGUGCUUGCUGCCCUCACGGAUGCUCUAUUAUCUCGGUGGCUUUACGACAAGUGCUUGGCUGGGACUACUGGUUUCGGGUUUCAGAGCCAUCGUAUUGGCUUCGACGAUUGCUAUGUUUCAUUAUCGGAUGGGUAGAUAUAGGCCCGAUCAUGAGCCGGAGUGUCAUCAGAAGUCUAACUUUUGAUGCGCUGGGUCUCAAACACACGUGUUGUAUUGAGAUCGAUGGUGUAGCUUGGCUCAGCGACAGAAAGACGGCAGAUGAAAUGGAGGGUCGAGAAGAGGAUGAAAUUGCGGAGAUCCGAGAAGAGAGCGUGAGAGGGAUUGAAGAGCUUGAACAGCUCGUGCUUGACUUGGAAGCAGCAUUUGCUCGGCUUGGCCUUCCUUUAAUCGAGUUCCUCGAGGGCUACUGGCAUACUCGCAUGGUUGAACAUCUCCUCAAGCGUGAUCCUUAUAAUGAGGAACACGACCGAGAGGCAAGAAAUCUAGGGGUGAUCUUGCAGGUGCAAGAUGGGGAAGACUUGGACAGAGUUUCUCUGCUGAUUGGUGCUCAAGUUAAGGAGAUUGUGGAAUGA